AUGGCGAUUCGCGGUGGAGGACCGGCUGCAGCAGCAGCACCCGUUCUUCUGCUCCUCCUCGGCUUCCUGUUUCUGCUGCGGGGAGUUCCGUCGCGAGCCGAGGACACCGUCGCCGCCGGCCAGCCGCUGUCCGGCGGGCAGAGCCUUGUGUCCAAGCGUGGCAAGUUCAGGCUCGGAUUCUUCCAGCCAGGUGCAACAGACAACUCGACGCAGCGCUGGUACCUGGGCAUCUGGUACAACCAGAUCUCGGUGCACACCACGGUGUGGGUGGCAAACCGGGUGACGCCCAUCUCCGACCCGGAGUCCUCGCAGCUUUCCAUCUCCAGCGACCGCAACAUGGUCAUCCUCGACCACAGCAGCAGCAGGUCUACCGUCGUCUGGUCGACCAACGUGACCACCGGCAUCACCUCCAACUCCACGGUGGGCGUCAUCCUCGACAACGGCAACCUCGUCCUGGCGGACGCGUCCAACACCUCCGCCGUGCUGUGGCAGAGCUUCGACCACUUCGGCGACACGUGGCUCCCCGGCGGGAAGCUGGGCCGGAACAAGCUCACGGGCGAGGUGACGCGCCUCGUGGCGUGGAAGGGGUACAACGACCCGACGCCGAGCCUGUUCGCGCUGGAGCUGGACCCGCGCGGCUCCAGCCAGUACCUGCUCAACUGGAACGGCAGCGAGCAGUACUGGAGCAGCGGCAACUGGACGGGGACGGCGUUCGCCGCCGUGCCGGAGAUGACGUCCACCGGCGCGUCGCCCGUGUCCAAGUACACCUUCGGCUACGUCGACGGCGCGAACGAGAGCUACUUCGUCUACGACGUCACGGACGAGUCGGUGGUGACGCGGUUCCAGGUGGACGUGACGGGGCAGAUCCAGUUCCUGACGUGGGUGGCGGCCGGAAACGAGUGGGUGCUCUUCUGGUCGGAGCCCAAGCGGCAGUGCGACGUCUACUCGGUGUGCGGGCCGUUCGGCGUGUGCACCGACAACGCGCUGCCGUCCUGCACCUGCCCCCGGGGGUUCCGGGAGCACGACCUGGCCGAGUGGCUGCAGGACGACCACACCGCGGGCUGCGCCAGGAACACCGCCCUACAGCCUUGCAGCGCCGCCGCCGCUCGAGACGGGCAGAAGAAGCACAGCAGCAGGAACGAUGAUAGGUUCUACACGAUGCCCAACGUGAGGCUGCCGAGCAACGCGCAGAGCACGGCGGCAGCGAGUGCUCACGACUGCGAGCUCGCGUGCCUCCGCAACUGUUCUUGCACCGCGUUCUCCUAUAGCGUCGGCGGCUGCUCGCUGUGGUACGGGGACCUCAUCAACCUUCAGGACACGACAAGCAGUGGCACCGGAGGCGGCAGCAGCAUCUCGAUCCGCCUCGCUGCGUCCGAGUUCUCUAGCAACGGGAACACCAAGAGACUGAUCAUCGGGCUCGUCGUCGGGGGCUUCGUCGCCGUGGUCACCGCGAUCGUUCUGGCUACAACCUUCAUCAUGAGAAGCAGAAGGAUCAAGUCGUUGAGGAGGGUCGAAGGAUCCCUGGUGGCAUUCACGUACCGCGACCUGCAGUUGCGCGCGGACGGCACCGUGGACUUCUUCCCGUCCACGGCCGUCAGCCUGCUCUUCGACGGCGACGUGAGCAGCGCGGUGGACGGCCAGCUCGGCGGCAACGCGGACGUGGCCCAGGUGGAGCGGGCCUGCAAGGUGGCGUGCUGGUGCGUGCAGGAGGACGAGAGCCUGCGCCCGAGCAUGGGGACGGUGGUGCAGGUUCUGGAGGGGCUGGUCGACGUCAACGUCCCGCCUAUCCCGAGGUCGCUGAAGCUGCUCGCCGAUCCGUCCAAUUACGCCGUCGAGUUCUUCUCAGGCUUGCCGUCGACUUGA